AGCUGCUCGACACUCGCUAUAUAAAGGGGCGAAGCGAGCAGAGCAGGCGGCUGGCGGCUGCAGCCCAAGGGCCGCCGUGUAAGGCCGGGCUGCGGGGGAGGGUAGCUUCUUACGCGCUUUCCCCGUCAGCGGCGGGCACGAGAGAGAAACUGAGAGGGGCAAACCCCUGAAACGAGACCAGGGGGCAGAGAGAGAGGGAGGAAAGGACAGCCAGAACCAGUAGUUUAUCUCAGCUCUUGUCUUUAAAAAAAGGGGGGGUUGAGGGUGCCUCAGCCGCCGCUUGCUCGCUCUACCUCAGCCGCCGCCACCAGUGCCGCGUUGGGGGUGUGCGUCCUGCCCGGGGGGUAGCGCGGGACAUGGCGAGCUCGGCUAAUACAAACCCCGUGCCUAAAUUAUAUAGAUCUGUGAUGGAAGAUGUCAUUAAUGAUGUACGAGAAGUCUUUCUGGAUGAGGGUGUUGAUGAGCAAGUCCUUGUAGAACUGAAAACUCUGUGGGAAAAUAAGCUGCUGCAGUCCAAAGCUGUAGAUGGAUUUCAUUCAGAAGAACAGCAGCUUUUGCUGCAAGUUCAGCAGCAGCAGCAGCAGCAGCAGCAACAGCAUACCCAUCAUCACCAUCAUCCACAACCUCAGCCGCAGCCAACAGUUCAGCAGCAGUCCCAGGCACAGCAAGUCCUUAUUCCUGCAACGCAGCAAGCACCUCAACAACAAAUCAUGCCAGAUUCCAAGCUGAUACAGCACAUGAAUGCAUCAGGCAUGAGUGCUCCCGCCACUACAGCUACCUUGGCUUUGCCAGCUGGUGUUACUCCUGUUCAGCAGUUACUUACAAAUUCAGGCCAACUCGUACAGGUGGUUAGAACUGCCAAUGGAACUCAGUACAUAAUCCAUCCCCAGCAGCAAGUGGUUCUACAGCAACAGGUUAUACCACAGAUGCAACCUGGUGGGGUACAAUCUCCUGUUAUACAACAAGUUUUGGCUCCCAUUCCUGGAGGGAUCUCACAGCAAACAGGAGUGAUUAUCCAGCCCCAGCAGAUCUUAUUUACAGGAAACAAAACCCAGGUAAUACCUACAACAGUGGCUGCACCUACAACGGCACAAGCACAUAUUCCUGCAGCAGGUCAGCAACCUCAGCAGCAAACAGCACAACCACAGGCACCUUUAGUGCUGCAGGUAGAUGGAGCAGGUGACACAUCAUCUGAAGAAGAGGAGGAAGAGGAGGAAGAUUAUGAUGAUGAUGAAGAGGAGGACAAAGAGAAGGAUGGUGGUGAAGAUGGUCAGGUUGAGGAGGAGCCUCUCAAUAGUGAAGAUGAUGUGAGUGAUGAAGAAGGGCAGGAAUUAUUUGAUACCGAGAAUGUUGUUGUGUGCCAAUAUGACAAGAUUCAUAGAAGUAAGAACAAGUGGAAGUUUCACCUCAAAGAUGGAAUCAUGAAUCUUAAUGGAAGAGAUUAUGUAUUUUCCAAAGCCAUUGGAGAUGCAGAAUGGUGAAGUUCCUUACACAAAACAAACUCAGAGCAAAAGCAGGAGAUCUUGAUUCUUGGACAUAACACUUCAACAGAAAUCUAUAUCUGCACAUCGGAAAGGAACAGUAAAACCAAGACUGCUAGAACAAACAGCAUGGCAACAUUGACACUACAAAUGGGAAAGCUGUGGCAUUGGUAUAGCUAGCUAUGCCUGAAAGCUGGUUUUGUAUUAAUACCUUAAUUAACCACUUCUGCCUAUAGAUACCGGUAACUAGCAUGUGAGGCUUAAUCUCCCCUUACACUGAUUAGAAGGAACUCUUCUUCUUUUUGGCAACAAUACUAUGGAAAAAGCUUAGCGUGUCUUUGUGUAUAACUUGCGCUGACUCAUUCCUUCUUAUGAAUGGAGUUGGUGAGAAUCUUACUUAAACUGUGUGCAGGUUUCUAACCAAAUGGUAAGGACUGAAGCAUUGAAUUCUAAUAAUUACCUUGUAUGAGUAAAACUAUUUUUAAACCUCUUGCGCUGGGUCAUGCAUAGUUUUAUCUACAGUUUUAGGCCUUUUAUAUAAAUUUUGAUCCUGGUACCAAAAUCUCAUUUGAAUUUUAAAUUUAGUAAUUCUGAAUCUUUCAUUUAAAGGGAUGUUGUAUUUUAAAGGACCUACAGAUGGAAGCUUUGUGAUGUCUCAGUCUCCCUGCUCUUUCAAAAGGUCCUUAAAGAUUGAGCAAAGUUAGUAGUCUGUUAUGUGCUGAAUUAUUGCUAGUCAGAAAUCAGUCUUUUAAAAUAUAAUUUCACUGGUAAACCUAAUGUGUAUUCCCAUUGCCAAGUGAAUGUGUGCUGCUGGUUAUGAAGUUAGAAGUUGUAGGUGACUAUGCACUUUGGAAAAGGAUCUACAGCAUUGCAAGAGCUUCCAGGUUCCUUUCAGUAAUUUAAAAAUAAUCGUAAUACUGAACAAAAUCACCCUGGCUCUAAUAAUUCAAGUAAUAAUUUCAAUACAUAGCAAAAAGUUGCUGUUGAGGGCAAAAGUAUCUGUGAUUAUGACAAUGGUCUUUUAGAAAUCAGACUUUCAGAAAUGCAAGCCCUUUUCACAACACAGUGGGGUUGAAGUUCAACCAGAUAAAGGAAGGCAUGCGCUUCCACAUUUACUAUUACAAGAUAUUUCUUGAGUAUGCUUGCUAGCCACCUGAAAAGCAGUGACAAGCAGAUAACCUUGCCCCACUUUGAACCUUGUAUUGUUAUGGGAAAUGAAGCUUUUAAGAAGUAUUUUUAUUAAAAUCGCCACUGCAUUUAAUCAGUACUAUAUAUUAGUUUCUUCCUCUUCUCUCCACAGCUAUUUUCUUUGCAUUUGGAUUAAAAUGUAUCCCUGAGUGCAAAAAAUCCAUAGUACAUUGCAAUAAACAACUAGGGUUUUCUGCACCCAGGAUGUUGUUAAAGCUAGCCAAAUUUGUCAGUUCUGUUGCAUACUGACAUUCAUAAGGCAUCUGAAUUUUUGUACCCUGUAAACAUUUUUCCACUUUUCGAUUAUCUUUUGGGGUGCAGUUCUGGCUCUGGAUUUGAAGGUGCAUAUAAGUAGUUUAUUCCCACUAUGUAAAACAAUGUAAAUGUUAAAUAAUAUAUGCCACUGCUUAAUAUGCCAAUAUUGUGACUAUGUUGAGAUCAUUUGCCUUUUCCCCUCAUAUCCUUCUGUAUCUUAAUGGCCUGUUCACAGUAUAUUCUAGCUUUUUAGUUUGAUUUAAUGCAAGCUUAAAACCAAUCCAGAAAUUCUGCACUGUGAAACACAAAUAGGCUACAUUUUACUGUUCAUUACUGGAAUGCAGAUACUGUACGUAUGACUUUGCAUUGUGGGCACUGAAUAGCUGCUUGUCUCUAGCCUUUUAUUUAUUUCAAAGGAUACCACAGCUUUAAAAGUGACUUACAGAUAGACCUAUAUAGAAGCAGGCAUGGUGUCUUGCAAGUUAAUUAUGGGUAUGCUUUGGUUGAUGAGGGUGUUAACAAGGACCUGUGAAGUUCUUCUGAAAGCCAGUCCCAUACCAGACUUGUGCUCUUACUUGCUUCAUCAAGUGUUCCUUUUUUAAAUCAAAAGUGUGUUUCUAAUUUCAUUUUAUUGUAGCAGCUUGCUGUAAGAAUAUAAUUUGCUUACACUUAUUAUUGUACUUGAAUUUUAAUCAUGGUUUUAACAAUGUUAUUGAACAAACCAUUUUGUUAGCUUUCCAAUGAAAUCAUUCCUUUCAGGAGGACAAGGGAUUCCCAUGGUUAGUCUUUAAGCUUUAUGACUACUUGAUUUUUUCCCUUAGUUCCCAUUCAAUAUCUGCUUCUGAAGCAAUUAACGGUUUGCAAGAAGGGCUUACGUUUAGAUUUGCACAGAGAAUAGGAGCACCUUUUAACUUUAGGAUGGUGGGGAAAUGGAGAAACAAAUUUCUAAAAGCUUUGCUUAGCCCAAUGAGAGAUUUACAGAGUAAUUACACAAAGGUGAGAAUCUUGUGCCUUUGCAAUCUUCAGAUAUUACUGCUUUGCAUUGACAUAUGUAGGAUUACUGGACUCCUUUGGUAGUAGAUGUCCUACAGAGCUUUAGUUGUAAUAAACACCAAGUCUAAUCUUAGCUUUCUAGUACGUGCAGUCAUUUAAAACAUCUACAUUGAAGAUUGUCUUUUAAGGAGGUUUUAAGAUACUGUCACAAAUAACUUUAUAUUGGACUAUUUAAAUUUAAUGUAUAAAGUGUGUCCCUCCCCUCUCCAGCUGUCUAGUGGCUACGCAAGUUUCCAUCUCCCUUUCUCCUACUUGCAUCAUAACCUCCUUUUUGUCAUCAGUCAUCUCCUGGAAAUGGAUCAUGAUUUCACAAAUACAAAUAUUGUGCUAGCUGUCUUUGCAAGGGGAUGAAACUUGUGAUCGAAGAACAGUUCCUAGAAAAAGCAAAGGACAUGCAACAUGUGAUAUAUCCAGAUUUGUAGAAAUGUCAUUUUCAAAAUAGUGUUAGUACCAUUGGGUUUUCAUUUCUGGUCAAUCUACAUCAAACAGCACUAAUGUCCCCAUAUCGUUACUACUAGGUAAACCUCUGUAGUUCCAGUGCAAGACAGAGGGGAAAAUAGCUUUUUCACUUGUUCACAAUGAAAUCCUUGCUCUUUUGCAUGAAAAAAUCUCUUGGCUUUGAUUUGCAAAAAAAUCUGCAAAUCAUAAUUUCUGUUUGGUUCGUUGGAUUCAAGAUAGCAGACCUUGCUCUUCUGCCUUAAGUGCAGUUGCAAGCUGAAUGGAGCUAGCAUUUUUUACUUAAGAAUUAAGUUUCCAUUUUUUGGAAUAUACUAGAUUAUUGGGUGUUUGUCUUUCUGCAUUUUUAAAGUAGGUCAGGAAUUUUGAGAAACCUGGCAUUUUAUCUGUGACAAAACAAUUUGCUUGUUUUCUUGAUUUGGAUGUUAGCAAAGAGCAAAAGAUUUUUAAAAGUGGAAAAAUAAGUGCAGGAUACCCACAUGUAGUAACAUCAUACAUUACUUUGUUCCUGUGUGCCUAGAGUACCAAAACAGUUUAGGGGAGUGGAAAAUAUCCUUAGUUGCUGUUCUGAGCUACUAUUGUCAACUGCUGUUGUACAUAUACUGUUAAGUGUAAGGGGGUAAAUAUAUUUAUUAUGUUUGUAAAAUUCACUGUACUAUUGAAGAUCAAGGAUGCUCUUCCUGGGAUGUACAGGAUGUGUUUCAAAGGCCAUGCUUGGAAUACAAUUAGAAAGCUUAGUAUUUUGAUGUACUAAGACCUAUUUUAAGUUUAAUAUUUUGCCUUUGCAAAAACUUUAAUUAAAGAUGUUAUUUAAAAUAA